AUAACCCGGUUUCUUCCCAAAAUGUCCUUAGGUCGGAGAUGCUGCCGGUGUGGCGUCGGUCUCCUCAUUACUCUCGGCCUUACCGGUAUCUUCUUGUGGAUCAGUCUCCAUUCCUCCAAACCUACCCUCAAAAUUGUCGAUUUUUACGUCCCUGCCCUCAACAAAACCGCCUCCGUAUCCAACGCUACAGCCGGAAAACCACCCCGGAAUACCACCAUACUUUUCAUCCUCGAGAUCAAUAACAAGAACAAGGACGCUGGAAUUUACUACGAUGCCCUCAAUGUUACGUUUUAUUGCGGAAAGAACCAUUCUUUCAUGGGGAACGUGACAGUGGAUUCCUUUUACCAGGGGCAUAAAAAGACGGCGAAAAAGAAAGUGGCUUUGCAGGUCGAGAGAAGGGCAUUUUGGGAAGAGGUUUCUCAGGCGGUUUCGAAUGGGACGAAGGUGGUUUUCUGGGUGGAUUUGGAGACGCGGGUGAGGUAUAAGGUGAUGACGUGGAAGACUGACCACCGUACGAUGAGGCUCGAAGGGGAAGUGCAAGUCAAUGACACGGGAACGGAGUCAAAGGAGGAUGGCGUAGAACUCCACUCGCGGUCGGCGGCGCACUUUUGCUAUCUUACGCCUACUUGGAAAAGUCUCGCUGCUGUUCUUCUGUUCUUUUGGGUCUGGUAGUGUGGGGUGGAUUGUGUGCAGUUGAUUCCUUUCCGUGCCCAUGUGGGGCCCAUACGUGAUCGUUCACGACGGUUGGAUGGGUGGGGACCACUUGAAAAUUACUUUCAUCCGGUCAUCAAAGCCAUCUGAUUAAUUGGACGGUGACAGCAAACAUAGGAGUACCGUUUGUUUUGCAGGUCUUAAUUGGACGGAUCAGAUCUUCCGAUCGGGGCGAUUGUUGGAUCAUCUGUAAUUCAGGGUCGAUCACUCCUAUCCAUUGGUCUAUCAUGAUCUUAGGUGGAGCCGUCAAAGGAAUUUCCACCCGAAUGAGGUCAGAGAAUGUACACCGCAUGUCGACCUUUUGAUUUUCACGGACACGGAAUCGGUGGAUCCGCGAACCACCGUCGUCAGUGGAUCCGUGACUGUGGGACCCCCAUGAUGUA